UUUAUAUAUCAACGCCAUAUUCUAUUUGUAAUCUUUAAGCGUUCCUACUUCCGUGUUUUCAUAAUAUUCAACAUGGGGAUACAGGUAGGCCAAUAAUUUGAAAAUUCCUUAAAUUUCAGUUAGUAGUUUGAUAAUUUCCCAAUAAUUGUUACGAAAUUAAUAUCAGUGAUAUAGUGUAAACUAAAUAAUAUUAGCAAGUCAAAAUGAUCAAAAUUAAAUUAGGACAGGGUCAGGGUAGCUAGAUAAUAAUACUAAUACUAAUACUUACUAACAUAUUCAUAUAUUCUUUCGAGUUUAAAUGUAAAAUUAGCAGUUAGCCUAAGUCUAAGUACUAUUUAUUAUUUUAUACCAAUAAAAAAUAAUAAUUUAAAUCGCUGCUCAAUGCAAAAUUCUGGGACUGAUCUGACAGACUUGAGACUAAGUAAUAGGCCUAUUUAAUUAGUUAGUAGUACCAGUACCUACAGCAUAUCUAAUAUCUAGUCUAGAGUAGUAGUUAGUGAGUAGUAGUACCUUGCUCAGUUGUGAUUUUCGAAGUACAUAUAGUGGUACAUGUAGUAAUGUAUGUAUUAUACUAAAUGUAAGUCCUUACAAUUAUAACUUAUAAUUUAUAAGGCUAUACUUACAAUUACUGACCUUGCCUUAUUCCAAUUCCAAGUUAUACUCAUACUCUCAUACUCCUAGUCCUAGUUCAUACUGACUGGUAUAUUAUUUAUACUAUACUUAUACUAAUCAGUAUAAAUUAUAAACUAAAGUUAAAGAAUAUAAAAAUUUGUUUCCACAGAACUUUAUUCUAGUCUUUAUGAAUUUUGUUCAACUUAACUUACACUUACACAUACAAAAAAAAAUACUUACAUUAUAAAAUUAAAAUAUAUUUAUAAAAUGUUGUUUUUUUUCCUUUUUUAGGGUAAGUGUGGGUAUUAGUAAAUAUAAGAACUGGUGAAAAUGUAAUCUUAAAUUUUUUUUUUAAAUAAUUUUUUACCAUUAUUUAAUUUUGAACUAACUUUCGUGUUGAUCCAAAAAUUCUGUAUUAUUUGCACUUUCUCAAGAACUUAUGAGCAUAUUGUGAAGUGGCAGUUGUGAGUAUGGGUAUUCAUAUGUAAUUAUUGGCACCAAAUAUUAUUUUUUAUUGUUCGCUGACAGCUUGUCAUUGUGUGUCUUGUGUAGUAGAUUAGUUAAUGAACAAUUUUCCAGCCUUAGGACUUGUGAUUAAUUGUGAAGCAUUUUAUGGUAAUUGUGAAAUUGUGUUUAUAGUCUAUCUUUGGUAUAUAUUUGUUUGGCAGUUGAUGAGAGACCUUUGUGGAUGAAGUUUAUACUAACUUCUUCACUUCUACUUAUAGCAAGCUGCGUUAUGCAUGUGUUUGAUUCAUUGUACAACCUAAUAUGUAUGUUUCUGGAUUUAAGUUUACUUUGCUAUUGGAAAGGGGAAUUGUUUCCUGCUCGGUGUGAUUUUGACGUAUGAACAUGUUAAAGAAUUAGAUGAAAGAUGAGUUAACGAGGUCCAUUGUUCUUUGGAUAUUAUAUAGGGUGGACAGAAAUUGCUGUGAUUUUGGGGAGGGAAUUGUAAGCGCAUAGGGUAAGGUUAAUAGAUUCUCGCAUCUUUUAGAUUGGGGGAUGUUUCUUUCCAAAAUAUUAUGUCUCAGGCCUUCCAGACCUCGCUUGAUAAUUUUGGUGUUAAGGGCGGAAGUUCCUAAUUGACCGGAAAUGAGAGGGGUGGGGAUGGGUUAAUAGCUAGCAUUCCUAGACCACCUAGGGAGGUAGAGAAAUGUAUAUCAGAUAGAACUCUUUGUGGCUUAGGGUGAGUCAGAGAUUUGUGGGCAGUCAUGUGGUAGAUGGGGUACUAGAUGUAGUCAAGGAUAGAACCAGUGAUAGUCAAGUGUUAGAGUUAGGAAAGAAACGUACUAAAUUUUUUAUAUUAUAUUCAUCAAUACAUCUUUUAUCUAUAACUUUUGCUGAGGAGUUUCUUGAUCAUUCGUUAGUGUUCUGUGUUUUCUUUGUUGUACUUCUGAACGCCUGCACUAGUGAACCAUCACAGAGAGGAACAGCCCCAUACCAGUCACAACAACACCAAUACCAUUUGGUACUUGACCAUAAAUAUGUUUCAUACCUCACAAUACCAUUACAUCUGUGACAAACAUGCAGCACAUUUUUGCACAUUCCAGAACCGAUGUGUUAGGCACUUUAUCCUGCCAUUGGAUGUGCAGAAUGGGCUGCAGUCAUCUAUGGUGGAAGCUUUUGAGUUUCUGCCUGUAUAUUAUUAAAGUUUAAGGUAUUGGCCUAGGCAUUGGUUUCACUUUAUAAUCAGAUAAUAUUAAAUCAAUAAUAGGUGGCUAAUUAUUAUGAACAAUAUACAGUACUUGUAAAUGAAAAUAUGAUUAACAUUUGUAGAUCUUACUAUAUGCCUUACCUAAAUCUUUUGAUAAAUGUAGUUGAAAUGUAAUAAAUAUUGAUUUGGCUUAAACAAAUGAGAGUAAAUAGGCGUAGUAAUUUCUUAAUGAUAGUAUAAUUAUUUAUAUUUAUCUUGGUGCUCUGAUUGUUUAUAAUGUUGUAUUGUGCCUCUCAUGUUUUGAAUUCUUGUUUUUAUCAUUCACAGGCACCUGAAAAACGGUUUAUUAUCCUUGCCCUGUCACUUGGUUGCGCGUAUGUGGCUACAAUAUUUGUUGUUAUUGGACUCUGUACAAAUUACUGGAUUGAGAUUAGGAACCGCAAUCUCUACAGAGAGGAUGUUGUAGCCCAUUUUGGACUUCAGAGAACAUGCUGGUCAAGUAGUGACCGUUGCACAAAUUCUGGAACUGAUUAUGAUAGGACUAGUGAGUAUUUUUCAAACUGAAUAUUUUAGUUAAAUGUUAAAUGUGUACACGCUAAAAUGGCCAGAUUUGUUGUUGAAACUGAAACGCUAGCACCAGAGUUUGGUAACUCAAGAUGCCAAUGGAACACUGCCCUAUUAAGUCCUACUUUAACAGGCAAGACCACAACAGGGACCCAACCUGCUGGCAUUGCCCACUGGCCACAAAAACGGUUGAACAAUUUUUGGCUUCAUGCCCAAACUUAAAAAUUGCUGUGGCCAAGGAAGCAGGUGUGUCCUAUGUUAAUAAAAGGUCUAUGGUUGGUGGAAUGUGUUGCCAAUGCAUUAGUUGGGACCAUAAAGAGCGAGAGCUCAGUCCCCAACAGAAGAAGUUGAAUUAGUAUUAGUUAAAUGUUACAGUUUUAAGUAAGUGUAUUAUGGUUUCUCAUAAGAUUGAUAAUUUCUAGUGGAUAAUUGAAAAGAUUUAGACAACUACCAUUACAAUUCUAGUCAAUUAAGAUUUGGGACACAAUGUAAAAACUUAAGAAAGAUUCAAUAAAGAAUACUAAACAUGCAAUGCUACAGUUACAAUUUGACCUACUCGCUGACACACUGGUAUAAGUGUAAGACAUCUUUUGAAACUGAGCAGGCUCAAUACAUACCGUGACAAGUCAAGCUCAAAGUAAACAACUCUAAGACAGUAUACUCAGUCUUCAAUAAAUGCCACAAGGUAGCCAAACAGAACUUUGCACUAUCCUUACGAAGCAUCAUACUUCAAAAAGAAGACAACAUAAGUUAUCUAGGUUUCCAAUUGUAUAAAAACUGAAUCUAAAAAGACCACAAGACAGCUAAACCUAGUAAAAUGGCUUGCUGAUGGUAGUGAUAAGACCACACUAUGCCAGUUGUACUUAGGAUAUGUGUGAUCAGUGAGUGAAUACUGCUUGUAGUUAAUAUCAACUUGCAGUUUAACAGUCUAGGAUUUAAAAAAAAAUCAGCCCUGAAAUGUAAGAAGAGAGGUAGCAGUUAUCAAGAAGGUACAGAAGACAAGACAAAAGAUGCCCAAAUAGACAAAUAUUUGAACCAGGUGGACCACAUCAGUGAUCAGUACUAGAUGUGGCCUCUGAAUUGAAGAGAAACGCCACCUACCAACAGAUGGAGAAGAUUCACAAACUAUACCUUAAGAAUUAACAAACACAAAUGGCUUUCAUCAAGACUAAGCUCAUUGAAAAGAAUAGAAAUGAAAAGUAUGGAAUCAUUACAUAUAAUCAUAGCUGCAUGAUAAAAAAGCAUAGCAUCCUACCCAGAGGAAAUUAUCCAAAUAUAUAAAAUUAUGGGUCAGCUGUCAAAGGAGCCCUACAUGCAGGUUAUGGUGUAAAAAAAAGAGUAGUCUGACUGAUCAUGUGAUGAACUUCAACCCCUGUAGGGUUUUCUGCAGUAAUUAUGAAGCAGUAGCCACUGUCAUUAAAUCAGCACAACAUCACCUGUCCCUAAUUUUCACGGCUUACCCCAUCAUCAUCAAGCAAAGAAAUGUCCUUAUCUUCUCCUAUUACAAAUCAAUACCCCAGGCAGCUGAGCACCAAGACCACAUACUACAGCACCGGUAAAAUCACUACUUCUGAAACUAACUUUACAAUGGAUACAGGAAACAACAACAUACAUGGAAAUGAGAGCAGAGAAAUUAGCAAAACAGGGAGCAUUCAUGAAUAGCCAAACAUACAUAACGCAGCCCAGCCCUCUUUUAAUAACUACAUGACUCAACACUGCCAAACAUACCUACAUCACUCAACACUGCCAAACAUACCUACAUCACUCAACACUGCCAAACAUACCAACAUCACUCAACACUGCCAAAUAGAUUAUCUGAGCCAACAAAAAAGAAGAUUGGUCAUAUUGGAGAGCUAUGGGAUCAAUAAAUUUCCUCCAAAGGCACAAACAGGUCAUAAUUUUUUGCCUGUGCACAUGACAUACAACUUGAUUAAUUCUUAACUUCUCAAAAGUAGAUAAAACACCAAUAUGCUUGCUGCACAUACAUCCAAAUGAGAUGGUAACAUAUCACUGCCCAGCACUCCAUGACAUCAUAACGGCAGACCAUAAAUACCAGAAUUCUUUGACACUCUACAUACAAACAACGAACAGCUGCGGAGAGUGUAAAUAUUUCACCAUGGCCUUGGGCUGAGGGGAACAUAUCCAAGUGUUUGCUGGAUUGGGAUGAUGAUGAUGACAUUUUAAAAUUCAAGACUUGACUUCAAAUUACGAUCAGUACUUUGUGAUACCAUUGGGAUAAAACUGGUGACUUAUUAUGAUUUCAAGUAAUAUUUAACAAUUUGCUUUCCUCCUCCAGACACAAAUCCAGCUGCUCAAGGGAUAUUGAUCACAGGUGGUUUCAUCACUGUUGUUGGAGCCUUGCUCGCUCUGACAAAUCUUUAUCUAGACAGACUGGGUCAAUCCAGGGGAGUUUUUUCUGCAGCAGCUGCUGCAGUUAUUUGUUUGGGAGGUAAGAUUAGUAAGAAAGCAUCUACUUUUUCAGGGGAUCUUAAAUCUUUGGUAGUUCCACACUCCUCGCUUAUUUUUUUUUUUUCAUCCAGUAUAAAUAAAUUUUAAUCAAAUAAAAAUGAAAUCAAUUAAUGAAACAAAUGAUAAAUAAUCAAAUAAACAAACAUGAAAUGUCCCUCUAUAAAUAAUGGGAAAACAAUAUUCACCACAAACACAUUUGCUGCUGCAAAGAAACAUGAUUUUUGUGGGUUUCUUGCACCCCCUGGCACUGGCCCCACACCCCCUGGCAGUGCCUCCCUCAUCCCCCUGGGGAUUAAGAACCAUGACUUUAAUUUAAAAGAAGUUAUAAAACACCAAAGAUGGUUGUGUUGUUAUAAAGUCCUGAGUGAUUAAGAUGAUGUCUACAUUAUUGAAAGUUAAAAAUAUGGAAUUAAUUGUCUUUGCACUGAGGGCAAAGAAAUUAUAUUAUUUUGCAGAAUGGGUUUAACAAUACAACACCAAAAAAGGUUCAGAUCCUUAUACACAUCAAACAAGUUCAACGUUUUAAAUAUUUUCAGGAGCUUUUCUUCUGGUGGGCAUUGUGAUAUAUGGAGUUAAAGUGGAGGUUCAGACCGAAUAUCUCAAUGUUGGACAUGUCCAGUAUAAGGGCUACUCUUUCGGCCUGGUGACUACUGCAGCUAUUUUGAUGUUUAUUUCAGCAGCUUUAAAUGCAUGGUCAGGGUGCUCAAAAGCCUCACCAAGAUUUAAUCAAUAAUUACAUAUCAGUUACAGAUGAUGUUUAAAAAUAAGGAUCUAAAUUGAUUCAGUUUAAUUUGUUUGCUUGGUUGUGAAAUGUUUUUUAACCAUGAAAGUUUGAAAGUUCUUGCAGUUUGUAGCAGGAUGAGAAAUAAGAGUGUUGGGGAAAUAUUCAAAUUUUUCAAAUCAAUUUUUAAAUCCUAUUCCCUUUUCCACAAAUCACUAAAUGUGAAUACACAUUUAUGAUUUUAUAAAACUUGUUUUCAUGAUGAGGAUAGAGUUAUUGCUAUUUUGCUUUAAAUAUUCAAUUCCUUGGAAUGAAAAUGCAUGUCUUUGAUCUGCAAUGUAAAUAUUUGAGGUUUCAAUGUAAAAAUAACUUUAUUUUAGGCAACGAUACUUUUCUGAGAUAAACUUGAAUUAUUUAUUUUUAACACAAAAUGUCAUACGGUACGUAAUUUGUUUUACGAAAUUUGAAAUAUAUGUAGGUAUAAUUUUUUUAAUUUGGCAGCAUGAAUUAUUUUUAUAUCACAUGUUGGUUGUUUUUAAUUUCAGUAAGUACUUUUUUUUUUUUCUGAAAUCAGACAAUGUAAAGAGUAAAAUAAUUUUAAAAAUCUUUUUUUAAAAAUGAUUAUUCAAAAAUAUUUUAGUUUUUCCUCAUGGCCAUGUUUUUAUUAUAUUAUUGAAGUUAUUGUUAUUCACAUUCCAUUUAAAUGUAAUUACAUAUAUUUUUAAAUGUCUUAAAUGUUUAAAGUAAAUAGCUUCUUGUUCUGGUUUCUGAGCGUAGUAUUUUUUACCUUAUUUAUUUUUUAAGCUUGUUAAAAGUUUGGACUUUUUAGGAAAAGCCUCAAUGAUUUUUAUUUAAGUGCAUAAUUAUAUUUUAUAAUUACUGUAUAAAUUUUACAUUCCAGUUACAGAUUAUACAUCCUAUUUUUGUGAAUAAAAUUUUGAUAUUCAUUA